AUGGAAGUAAUCAUAUUCUAUGCAGCCGCCGCGGGUGGAAUCCUCCUAUUAUUCCUAGCUCGGAACCUAGCUGGGUGGUUAGUACGAGCUCCGCGCGUCCGUUCCUGGGCAUUCCGACAUCUCCAUACCACUCUUUUCCGACGGCGGCCGACACAUUCACCUAUCUCCAGGAUUGAAGCGAUGUUGCACAUGAUCUAUUGGGGCGGCACGAUGAUUUACAAUUUCCUGGGUAUUCAAUCAGCGGCCGAUGCGAGCACAAGAGCCGGCGCUUUGACGACGCUUAACAUGAUUCCUUUACUCUUCGGCGGACGCAUUAGUGCUGCCGCCGAUGCCAUCAAUGUCACGCGUCGAACGUUGGACAAGAUCCACAAGACAGUGGGCACAAUGACCGCGGCACAGAUGGGUUUGCAUCUGGCUUUUGAGGCGGCGACUCGCCGACUUCGAUUCGACACGGUUGGUUGCCUGUCUAUUCUGGUAGGCACUGCUACUAUCUGUCUUGGGCUUAUGACCGUUCUUGGCCUUCCUGUCACAGAAGGGUCAACACGCCACUUUUUCCACAUAGUUCACAAGCUAUUGGGCGCCGCUCUCCUUACGAGCUUGUGGUGGAUUGCACCACCACAUUCACCUAAUCGAGUUUUUAUCUACAUUGCAGUUGGCUUGUAUGGGCUUGCAGUUAGCGUGUGCCUGUGGAGAACGUUUGCACGGUCCUUCUCGGUCUCCACUGGCUGGUCGACAGCGAAGGUGAGAAAGGAAGAGGGUCUCUUCGUCCUGGACGUAUACCUCCCUCAUCCAAUGGAGGUUCACGCCGGGCAGUACUUGUAUAUUUGGUCACCACCUUUGUCUCCACUCUCGAUGCUUCAUCCCCACUGCUUUGUUAUCGCUUGGUGGGAAGGCACAAGCGAAAGCACGUCUUCAAUAUCCUUAUUGGUGGAGGAGCGCCGAGGUCUCGCUAACAAGCUGGAGAGCUCUAUGUUGGUGGAAAAGGAGCUCAGACUCGGGAUCGACGGUCCGUACGGAAUGCACAGGGACAGCUCUAGAUACGAGACCCUGAUGUUGUUUGCCACCGACUCGGGAAUUGCAGCUCAACUCUCGCUGCUAAAAGAAGCUGUGAGCCAACACCAACAGCAGAGGACUGCCAAUAAACGCAUUGUCUUGGUAUGGCAAGUUGAAAAGGAAGGCAUGUCAUAUCCCCACGGCUUACACUUUCGCAAAUUCUGA